UAUAUCGAGUGACAGUUUUGUUCUUUUAAUCUUUUUGAACAAUGCUUUGUAGAGGAAAUAUAUGACCUUUGACCUCAAAUUAAUUGCUCACUUGAAAACCAUCUAUUGAAAAGCCUGGUACAUAAACUCGCCUUUACUAAUUGUGGAAACCUAUUGGAUAAUGACAGUCGUUGAAGUGUAGAUCGGGAUAUACACGGCUAUAUCCACAGCUGUUUCACACCACUGAACUUCUCUACUGUUAGACAGCAGACAUGGGCGACUGUUGCUGUAAGAAAGGUGUGUACACAGCUACAGCUACAGAAGAUAACGAUUUCCAGCACGUGGACGGAAAAGGUACGCUCUCCAUAACUGAUCGCUACCUGAAGGCCGAGUAUAUGGCCAUGGCUAGGGCCAGUAAUGGGAUGUUGACACGUGAUCAGUUCGUGAAACUCCUGAUGUUCCUUGGAUAUGGAGGAGAAGGACAGGCAGAGGCACUGGUGAAGGCGGUGAACAAGGACGAAAACGCGGUCAUAACACUAGACGAAUAUUACGACGCCAUGAAAAAUAAUCCGGAAGUGAUGCAAAAAACAAGCAUGAUGCGAAACCUUUUCGGGCGAUUUGACGACAACAAAGAUGGAAAGGCUAGGCGGGAUCAAAUUGAACAGGGAUUCAGGGAUAUGGGAGUUGAAGUGGACGACAAAAUGAAAAAAGACAUUGCAAAAAUGGAUGAAAAUCACGAUGGGAAUGUAUUUUAUCAGGAUUUCGUACAUACACAGCUGAAGAAUAAGGGAUAUAUUUCAUAAUGAUACAUGCGUUUCUGUAAUACUUUAGCGUAUUGUUUUGAACCCAUUAAUAAUACUAUUUGUUUUAUAAGAGGGAAGGUUUUGUUAAAUUAACUACAAUUUUGUAAAACUUUAUACAAUCUACAAUUGUUGCCGGGAAGGUUUUUUCUGUCAAAUACUUAUCGUGAUGAUUUGUUUUCAGGUGUGUCAUUGAUUUUGUCAGUUUUUAUUGCAAUUUUAUUUGUUGAAAUGGUGUUUAUUUAGGAAAAGUAAACAAGAGAAACAGUGAGACAAAGAGACAGAGAGAGAGAAAGGGAGAGAGAGGAUUUCCUGAUUUCAAAAAUUAGUAAUUUUUGGCUAGACAUUACCCUGAAAUUCUCCAACCAAUUAGCGAACAGAUUGCCAUGGAGGCUAUUUUGUAAAAAAAUAAAUUUCAGUUUCUUAUACUUAAAGAUGGCAGUGCAGGUUAUAAAGUUUUCAAUUGAGACUUUGAAAAAAAAAGUUGUUUUUUUCCGGGUUUGAGAUCUUCCUCUUCUUCUGCCGACUAUCGUUUCUAAGGAAGUGUCGACAUUUUUGUUUGUCCUUGCUUGGUAACGAGUAUGGGUCUCGCUGGGUAUGUUCAAUAUGUGCGCAAAAUGACACUACUAUACUAUAUAUAAUAUAUUACACAUUCGCGAUUUUCUACCGACAGUUUGUAUCAGAUCAGUUGAAUAAAAUUGAAAUGGAACACAUCAAAGAUAGCAUUUAUCUAAGAAAAUUGGACAAAGUAGCAAAAUACGACCAAUUAAAAUAUAUAAUGCAUAAUCCCUGCCUAAACGACGAAGACUAACGAGUUCAUCGUACAGUUUUCGUGUGUUGGUGCAGCUUUAUGCACGUGAACGACCGAUGAUAUAUAUGAGAUUUUAGAAGUAUUUUCAGUAAGAUACCUUUUAUUUAGGAUACACAAUUUUCGAGAAUGUGCCAUAAGUACCAACCAGCCUGGCAGUUUUUCAAAGUCUCUAGGUGAUUGCGUUUGAUGUUUGAUAUCGGUUGCCGAUCAGGGUUAGCGGUGCAUUGUAUCGCAAAAGGGUCAGUUGUAGAAUGAUAAUCGGUUUGACAGGUAAUGUACUUUUUAUACCUAGCGAGACCCAUACUCGUUACCAAGCAAGGACAAACUAAAAUGUCG